GUGAAGAGGAUAAAGUACAAAUUAAAAGAGAGCAGGUCACUACAGCAUCACCUGAAAGCUUUUCGUAACCGGAGCGAACCUGGCACUGCUGAAAUGUGACCUUAUCAGCUCGAGUUAUUUCAUGGCCCGAAAACUAAUCUUUAUCCAUAUUCGGCAAAUGGCAGUUAGAAAAAACUAACUAAAGCUGACACUCGCUAUAGGUACCGUAGCCCAUAUAUGAGAAAUACUCAUUUUAACAUUGAAAUAAAAACAAAAGAAGAAAAGUUAAUAUAAAGUGUAAUCAGUGUAGUAAAAUAAGACUAAUAUCUGUAGGACACACCGUAAGGGUAGUCACUCGGGUCCUCGGCUGUGUUGAUGACGUCACACUGACACUCGGCUGUGUUGAUGACGUCACACUGACACUCGGCUGGGUCACAUAAACAAACAAUGGAGGAGGAGCAGCAGCUGUCCCCGGCCGACAAGGCUAUCCGCAAAAUAAGGAAGAAAUUACGACAGAUUGAGCACCUAGAGCUUAUGGACAGAGAAUUAAACGAAGAGGAAUUUGUAAAGGUUAGCCGAAAGAUUGGCCUUCGAAAAGAUCUUCGAAAGUUGCUAAAGGAACAUCAUCCCCAUGAAACAGAUGUCAUGAAACGGCAAGGGGCCAAUCUCAAUACAGAAGAAAUUAAUGUCAAGAAGUUCAAGAAUAUUGAUACAUCUAACAUAAAUCAAGAGAUUCCAGAUGAACCGGAAGGUCAAGAGGGAGCCCUGUCCAGUGACACCUCAAGAAUAAACAAGCAGCAGCAAGAAAUUUCAACCAGAUUAUCAGCUAAUUCUCAAAACCCAUCAGAUGUUGCCACUGCCUCUAUGCCUACUUCAGAUUUUUCCCCUGUUAACUCACCCCCUGGCUAUAACAAUACCUCAGUGGCUGUAAGACCAUCGACGCCUUCUGGAGCUCAGCGAAAUCAUGCAGUUAAUCAGAAACUCGCCCAAGGUCAAGCAAAACCUCAAACUUCAGUGAAAAGAGAGAAAUCCCUGUGGCUAGACAAUUGUUAUGAAGUGUACACUCUUCAGGGGCAUAAUGAUAUCAUCUUAGGAGUUGACUGUAUGGACAAUUAUGUAUUAUCAGCAAGUCGAGACACAACUGUACGUGUUUGGAGAGUGGGUAACAUAGAGGAAGAAAGAAGUCUUCGUGGACAUACUGCAGCUGUUACUUCUGUGGCAUUUUUACCAGGACCUCAGGCUGCAGCUGUGUUAGCAAAGUUUGAGGCAGAUUAUGAUGAACUGCCAUCAGUCCAGGGACAAGUUUCGGCAGACUGCCGUGUUUUGGCAGUCUCAGGUGGUCUGGACUGUAUGCUGAAGGUGUGGGAUAUAUUGUCAGGGGAAGGUCUUGGCUCCAUCUAUACCUAUAAUGGCAUCACUUGUCUUAGUUGUGGGACAUGGGGAGUGGUGACUGGAACAGAAGGAGGCAAGUUGGAAGUUUGGAGUGUAGCCACUGGUCAACGCCUUGCCUUUGUCAAUGCUUUUCAGAGCCAAAUCACUGCCCUAUAUAUUGAGAAAAAUGAGGUAUAUGCUGGAAGUGCUGAUGGGGAGAUGGGCAUAUGGAAAUACGAUUCCACCCGGAGAGCUUUGGGAGCUGUUUACAUCAUGGAAACUGAUUCUGUGACAUAUGUGACACUGAAGCGUUUAGCUACCCUGGUGGCCAAAAAUGGGAAAUGUUAUUUGGGAGACAGUGGCCCAAACAUUAAGAUUCUAGAGUGGAAGAAGAGUCGUGUGUCACGUCUCGUAAACCACUUGGGAGACAUUGGAAUGACAGACAGUCUUGCAGUCUCUGCAGAUGGAUGCCUUCUUGCUGCCUCUUACUUCGUUGAUUCUGGAUGCUCUUCCAUCAAUGUUCGGGAAGUAGCAAGUGACAAGUACAUAUGUUCCCUCAUUGAUAAGGAUGAAGGUCGCUAUCUGGCCAUGAGCACAUCACCAGGAGUUAUUGUCACAGGAGGACAUUUGCUGAAGGUGUGGGUACAGCAGAAUGGCAAUGCAGUUACAAAUAAAGUGAAGAAAAUUGCAAGUGAAGUAAUUCGUCCAAAUAUUCUUCGCAAAAUGUCAAGUCCAGCGGUCGACUCUGGCUCAGAAGAUGACACAGACUGGGCGUCUUCCAGCGAUGAGGACGACAUUCAUUUGUUGACAGCUAAUAGGAGAAACUCAGAAAGUGAAGGCAACUCAGAGAGUAGUGGGUGGUGGUGUAACAUCUUGUAGUCAUAUUUGUGACUGAAAAAGUGGUGAUGGUGUACAGUACUUAGGUUUUAUCAAAUAUUCAUCCCAUUAUGACAUUGGUCUUUAUAAAUGUGUGUUGCCCUUUUAGAAUUAAAGAGAAAUGAUGAACUAUUCUGCCCAAAUGUACAAGAAAAAAUGCAAUAAUGCAAUAUAUAAUAGAUAUAUAAUUGGCUAACUGAAUUUAAAAUGAUAAAUACACUUUAGUGCAUUAAAAGAAAUCAUCUCCUGAAUGUUUGGUGUUUAUCCACUGUUGCACUCAUGGAGUUGAUUCAUCAGUGAUCCUUG